AUGGCUACACUCGCCCCGGCCGACUUCCUGCGGCGCAACCCAGCACCGAAUGCUCCGAGUGAGGCUGAUCAACGAAGACUGCGCAAAAAGAUACAGAACCGGCUAAACCAGAGGGCGCGCAAAGUACCUACUAAAAGCUUCCUAGGAAUGCGACUACAAGCGAAGAACGGGCCGCAGGCCUACCAAGUACAUCGUUGGCGAAUCGAUACCAAUGACGAGCCGCAACAGAUAAGCGCCAUAUCAAGAGCAGUCAAAGACGGUCCUCGUCAUGCCACCGGAGGCUCAGAAAAUAAUGUUCUCGAGUCUCUGCCAAGAAGUCAAUCGACCUUGGGCUUGAAAAUCAAUCCGACGGCAUCGGGACCAUCACUGCCCGCCGAUAAUCUACUUCACCUAAUCCAUUAUAAUACUUUCCGCGGGCUAUACAACAACAAAGUCAUACUAGGAACAGCAGCAGUCUCUUGGGAACCAGAGACCCUGCCAGACCUUUUCGACAAGGCAUUCCCCGGUUUCUCAGUCGUCUUGCCCUUCGCCCCCGGCCUACCAAGCAAUCUAAGCCCAUCCGAAUCACAAAGGAACAUCGUGCAUUCGACCUGGAUCAACCUAAUACCCUUUGCCGCGAUGCGCGAGAACCUUAUUCGCUGGGAAACUUGUUUUGACCAUGAAGCCUUCGCGCGUGAUCUUGUGGGUAACGUGGCUGAUCCGGAAAUCUUCCCUCAGCCGCGGUAUUCACGUAUAGCGACGCCGGUACGGGAUAAUUACUCGCUAUCUGGUGAUGAAGAUGAUGACGAGGUAACUGCGAAUAGGAAUGGAUUGAUUUUAUGGGGAGAGUCGUACGAUGUUAAUAGCUGGGAGGUUACGCCGGGAUUUUUGCGCAAGUGGGCGUGGGUAAUGCAGGGCUGUGAAGAGUUGAUUGUUUCUAGUAACCGGUGGAGAAGGAUAAGAGGGGAGGAGCCACUACGUUUCUCGAUAAGUGUUGAAGUUCUCAAGUAA